AUGUCGAACCUUGUGUUGUCGAAGGUGACUUUCGAUGGCAGCGCGAGUAAUUUGGAGUCUGAUGUGGACCCAGUUGAGAAGUUUGUUUCACUGCUAGCAGAGAGCGUGUCGAGCGGCUCUUUCGCAAAGUGCACGUUAAGCAAGAACAAGGGGGAGGAGAAGACGCUGGUCAACAUCUACGUGAGGAUGGUGGAGGUGAAGAAGAAGGCUGCGCUGCAGUUCUUGUACAGACACAAGACCAAUGACAUCUACAAGAACUACAACCUUGAGGAGUGCGUUGAGAACAUGCGAGGUCUCCUGACUUCAAGCUUCAAGCAAGCUCAUCUCUUCACGACGGAGGGGGAUUGGGAAAUAAUGAUAGGGAAGAAGACGAGGCUAGUGAAGGUGAAGAAAGCAACUUUCGAGGAGCCUGUCUCCCGGCAGCACGACAGGACCAAGAACUUGAUCGUGUCGAAACAAGAGCAGUACCUGCAGCUUCUAGGGAUCACCAACAACGAAGGACAAGCGAGACCGGGGAUGGUUGACAAGUUGCGACAAAUCCAAAACUUCGUAUCUGUGCUCGAGAAUCUGAUGAAGGACUCAGGGAUUGCCAAGACGUCGCUGCUAGACGACGAACAGGCCGGUCCCCCGCUGACUGUCCUGGACAUGGGAUGCGGGAAGGGGUAUUUGACUUUUGCUGCUCACGAUUACCUCACGAACAAGUGUGGGAUCAAAGUGAGGACAAAGGGUGUUGAAAUGCGUCAAGAGCUUGUCGACAAGACAAACGAGUGGGCCAGGGAGCUGAACAUGCACCCUAAUGAUGCUGACGGGAGCAACUCUGCUGGACUUUCCUUUGCUCAAGGUUGCGUUACAUGCUUGCGAUACAGCAACGGAUGA